ACCACGCAUGAGCAUUAUGUUUUAUGGGCAGUAACAAGGAAGCGAAGUCACAGAUUGAAGAUAACGUUUCUUAGUGCUGCAGCUCGUUUGGACUCAAGAUGGCAGUUGACUGGAUUGGAUUUGGUUAUGCUGCAGCCAUCGCCUUUGGGGGAUACAUGGGCUACAAGAGAAAAGGCAGCGUCAUGUCCCUGAUGGCUGGUUUGGUCUUUGGUUGGUUAUCUGCUUAUGGUGCAUACAACGUCUCUUAUGACCCAAAGGACAUCAAGGUCUCAUUGAUUUCCUCAGGAGUCCUCUCACUCGUGAUGGGAACGAGAUACAAGAAAUCUGGAAAGUUAAUGCCUGCUGGCUUUAUGUCGGGGCUAAGUUUGUUGAUGGUGUUUCGGCUGUUACUGCUCCUGGUGGUGUGACUGAAGGAGUAAAGCUGACCAGACUGAGGGCUCUCUGUCUCUCAUUGAGCAAGCCUUGUUUUAAAGGAAACAGCAUUCCCAGUUGCAUACUAAAACCCUCUGUUUUGUAUGCUAACUUAACUCUCAUGUGAACAAAAACUACCAGUGGGUGUUUAACAGAUUUGAGGUUAACUUGACUACUAAUCCUAUUGCAGUAAAUCUGUUUUGGCGAUCUUUAUAGAAAUAAAGCUUUUUUUGUAUGAGCAUGUGCAUGAAUGUAAAUCUCUUGAUUUGAGAUUAACAGAUGUACAUGAGCUUUGUGGGUGCAAUUGUUUGUGUUGGCAGGUGGUUUACUGUUUACACUGCGACUUCACUUUUGAAGGCUGCUAAUAAUGUCAAUGUAAGUGAUCUCAAAUAUUCAAAUCACUGAAAGAAAAGGGCCAAGUUUAAAGAAUAAAAUGUGUAUUCUUGA